AUGGCAGCGUCGGCCCUGGCGGCGUCGGCGGCGGCGAGCCAGUCCAUGAGGAACCGCGAGAUCCUCGACGCCGUGGGCACCACCGCGGCGGCGCUCUCGCUCGCCGGCUCCUCCUUCAUCGUGCUCUGCUACCUCCUCUUCCGCGAGCUCCGCAAGUUCUCGUUCAAGCUCGUCUACUUCCUCGCCGUCGCGGAUAUGCUUUGCAGCUUAUUCACUAUAAUGGGGGGCCCAGCAAAUGCAUUCUAUUGCUUUGCACAUGACUACAGUGCACAUUUCUUCUGUGUGGCUUCUUUUCUAUGGACAACCACUAUAGCAUUCACUCUUCAUCGCACAGUGGUCAAGCACAAAACUGAUGUUGAGGAGUUUGGAUUCAUUUUCCACUUGUAUGUAUGGGGAACUUCACUAGUUACAACUGUAUUACGUUCAAUAGGAAGUGAUUAUGGAAGGCCAGGGACCUGGUGUUGGAUCCAGCAGGGAAGCACGGGAAAGAUUUUACACUUGAUUACCUUUUACCUUCCACUUUGGGGUGCCAUUCUCUACAAUGGGUUUACGUACUAUCAAGUAAACCGCAUGCUGAACAAUGCGACACGGAUGGCUGUUGGCAUGAGUGAUCGAUCAAGUCAAUCUGACGUGAGGGCGGACAAGAAGGCAUUUAACCGGUGGGGUUAUUACCCUCUGAUUUUAAUCGGUUCAUGGGCUUUCGCGACAAUCAAUCGCCUGCAUGACUUUGCUAAUCCUGGUCACAAGAUAUUUUGGCUGUCCAUCCUUGAUAUUGGAUUUGCUGGACUUAUGGGCCUUUUUAAUUCGAUUGCUUAUGGUCUCAACUCUUCAGUGCGCAGAGCAAUUGCAGAAAGAAUUGACAUGUAUCUACCCGAGAGAAUCAAAAGGAGCCUCCCUACUUUGUCAAGAUUGAGAAGUCAACAAGAAAAUGAGCUGACCUCUCUUAUUGUUGAGAAUAAUAACACUAUAACAGAAACAACAAUGCGAGUAACACCUAGGAGUUCUCUAGCUGGCUGA